AAUUUGCAUUGCAGUUGCAAUUCGAGAUGUGGCGUCUGCUCUUCAUAGUCUUCCUUGGCAUUUUGCUAUGCAGUCUUGACUGUCAGGCUGCUUGCUAUACCUGUGGGGCGACCAGCAAUGUGGCCUGCAUCUCGGACAGCCAGUUUCAGUUCUGUGCAAACAAUCAGACCAUUGGACCUAUCAACUCGUGCCCCGCGGGCAGCUACUGCACCAGCCAGACAACUAUUUGCGACAAGAACCCAGCACUUAAAGCCUGUGGCACGUGUGGCAAGUGCAAUGAACAAGGCACCUUUGCCUGCACUGGGCCACGCACCUUCGCCCUGUGCCUGGGCAGUAGUCGGCCCUCGAACAUUACGUCCAGCUGCACUGGGGAUCUGGUGUGCAACAUGGAUCUGCCGGAGAUAUGUGGCAGUGCCGCAGUGACCAGUGCCACCUGCGCCGAACAGACUGCAACCACAGAGCCAAUCACCACAGCCAGCACCACUACAGAGAGCACACCCCUAUCCCUAGAUGCCUUUUGCCGUGCCGCCUUCAAGGGCAUUCCCAUCCACGCCAUUCCCAAUGACAGAGACUGCACUAGCUACAUCUACUGUCGUUUCUAUAUAAAUACAUGGACUGGUCGCAUUAUUGACUGUCCGUCCAAUAAGCCCUACUUCAAUGGCCGCACUUUGUGCUGUGGCACUGUAAAAGCCACUCUUCCCGGCUGCUUGCAAGGAUAAUUGCUUAUAUUGCAUUGGCAAAUGUCAUCAAAUUUAUUUCAGACAAAAGAAAUUCUUUAUGUACUCACUCACUAAUUCCAGGAAUUUGACUUUAGA